AUGGAUGUCAAGGAUCGGCGACACCGCUCUCUGACCAGGGGGCGGUGUGGCAAAGAGUGUCGCUACACGAGUUCUUCCCUAGACAGUGAAGACUGUCGCGUGCCCACGCAGAAGUCCUACAGCUCCAGCGAGACUCUGAAGGCCUAUGACCACGACAGCAGGAUGCACUAUGGAAACCGAGUCACAGACCUCGUUCACCGGGAGUCAGAUGAGUUCCCAAGACAAGGAACUAACUUCACCCUUGCAGAGCUGGGGAUCUGUGAGCCCUCCCCGCACCGAAGCGGCUACUGUUCCGACAUGGGGAUCCUUCACCAGGGCUACUCUCUGAGCACAGGGUCUGACGCCGACUCCGAUACAGAGGGAGGGAUGUCUCCAGAACAUGCCAUCCGAUUGUGGGGGAGAGGGAUAAAAUCCAGGCGCAGUUCCGGCCUGUCCAGUCGUGAAAACUCGGCCCUUACCUUGACUGAUUCUGACAACGAAAAUAAGUCAGAUGAGGAGAACGGUAGGCCCGCUUCUUAA